AGUUAUUCGAAACACAAUACAUCGGUUUGAGCAUUUUUGUGUACUUCAUUAUUUAUGGACCAUAACUUGAGGUUUCAGUUUGUUUCCGAGCAUCUUUUUGUAAUGGGCCCAUGAGAGAACUGAUACUGGGCUUGAUCAGAUUGAUGUCCAUUAUUUGUGCUUUAUUGGGCUCCACUCUUUCUCACUCUCACAUUUUUUACAAGACAGAAAGAACGUGACGCAUGUACGAAUGGCUGAAUCUUCCUCCACGUGUCCUGCAAUUAAAAAAAUUAGAUCGUACCGCAUCAUGCGUCAGCCGCGUGACACCUGAUCAUAACCUAGUUACUUAGCUCAGACAUCGCCACGUAUACGUCCCUCAUGACGGGAAACGUUAACUCUGACGGCGUCACAUGUCGACCAUUCGUUUUGUGAAAUGUAUUUUGUGUUCCCAUUUGGCUUUUUGCCUUUUUCCCCAAGGUUUGGCUCUAAUUAAGUAAACGAACCUGUAGCUUCGGAAGUUCGUAUCCGAACCAACCAACGGCUCAGAUUAGUUUCAUAUUUUCAACGGCUGAGAUUAGAGUUUCGAUUUCUUUCUUCUAUUUUAGGCUUCGAGAUCUUUUCUUCUCAAAAGGUAAAAACUUUGGGAAGCAGCUAAAAUACUGUGUUCUUUGUUUCUUCCAUCGAAAUCGAAAAAAGCUAAGAUCUUUGCGUUUUGAAACGAUGGCGGAAGAACAUAAGCAUGAUGAAUCUGUGAUCGCUCCUGAGCCAGCUGUUGAGGUUGUGGAGAGAGAAUCGUUGAUGGAUAAGAUAUCGGAGAAGAUCCAUCACGGUGGUGAUUCUUCUUCGUCUUCUUCAUCUUCUGAUGAUGAAGACGAGAAGAAGAAGACUAAGAAGCCCUCUUCUCCUUCGUCUUCUAUGAAAUCGAAAGUUUACCGCUUGUUCGGACGAGAGCAGCCUGUUCAUAAGGUUCUCGGCGGUGGAAAGCCGGCUGAUAUAUUCAUGUGGAAGAACAAGAAGAUGUCUGGUGGUGUACUUGGUGGUGCUACAGCUGCUUGGGUUGUGUUUGAAUUGAUGGAGUACCAUCUUCUCACUCUGCUUUGCCACGUGAUGAUUGUUGUUCUCGCUGUGCUGUUUUUGUGGUCUAAUGCCACUAUGUUCAUUAACAAGUCCCCUCCAAAGAUUCCUGAAGUUCAUAUCCCUGAAGAACCUAUUCUUCAGCUUGCGUCUGGGCUCAGAAUCGAGAUCAACCGUGGAUUCUCUUCUCUCCGUGAAAUUGCAUCAGGAAGGGAUCUCAAGAAAUUCCUCAUUGCUAUUGCCGGGUUAUGGGUUCUCUCAAUCUUGGGCGGUUGCUUCAACUUCUUGACAUUGGCAUACAUAGCUCUUGUGUUGCUCUUCACGGUUCCUCUUGCCUACGACAAGUAUGAAGACAAAGUCGACCCAUUAGGUGAGAAAGCAAUGAUCGAGCUCAAGAAGCAGUAUGCAGUGUUGGAUGAGAAGGUGUUGAGCAAGAUCCCACUUGGGCCGUUGAAGAACAAGAAGAAAGAUUAGGGGUUUACACAAGGUUGUCCGUGGCUAGCAAAACGGGUGUUGUGAAAUGGUAUCGAAGUAAUGUGUUUUGGGCGUUUUUUUAGGUGGCUCUUUCGGUUAUGUGAAUGAACUUGGAAUUUUCCUGACUGGUUUGUUCUGUUGUUUAUGUCAUUGUUGAUCAGCGUCGAGGGAUAAAAGUAGUGAUAUUUCUUCUCUCUCUAAGCCUCUAUAUAACUAAGAAUUUCAAGAUAUUUGAAUUUUGCAAUCUCGUGGUUAAUGUUGUUCUUUCUCUAUAUUCUCCUCUUUCAUUACAUUUGUAAAAUGGAAUCAAUGUCACGAAUUGAUAAGUUGUACGAAGCUUAUACGUUUUAUAGUUUCUUACUAUAUCAUCCACUCACCGAUCGUGUAAGUAUAAGUAUAUGUAACGUCUUUAUAACGUGUGGGGCCAUCCACGGCCGAGAACGUUUUGUGAACCUCUUGUAAUCUUGUUCCUAGAAAAUGAAUAUCAGCUAACAAUUUGC